AUGAUCGUGGAGAUUGUUCGGUCGUAUGUUUCCAGUGAGCGCACUCGGAUUGCCGUGGACAUCCGGAACAGAAGCCGCACGAAGAUGGCUGUGAGAUGCUGUGACUACACCACGUUGCCUUGUACACUGUAUCAGCUCCAAGGCAAUCCCGGAUCGCGCCAUGGAGUAGGCAGCCUUGCAACAUCGGCAGGAAACUGGGGGCAGGCAAGUCAGCAGCAUCGUCUGACAGCUGAGCUCUCAGAGCGUCCCUCCCCGAACCUCAUCACCAGCAACACAACGCUACCCAGCACUUCAAGCACCAACACCAUCUUCACAAUGGCAUCCCACAAAGUCACCGUCCAGUUCGCGAACGUCCAGACCGGAAAGAACAUCGACUUGCAAAUCGCCACCAACGGCUCCGCUCACAAUGUCUACGAGCUCCUCACCGCAGCCGGCAGCGACCUGGUGUAUGUGACGGAAAUCCAGCUGCUUGCAGGCCGUGAGAACGUGACUGCUGUGGUGCUCCAUGACGGAAAGCAGAUUGCGAAGCUCGACGGAAACGCCGACAACGUCGCCAAUAUUGAGAAGACCAGCGUCAAGGAGUUGGGUAUCCAGGCGACCAAGGCGGCUUAG